AUGAAGCGGACACUGCAUCACAGAGGAGGGGGGACCGGAGACACCCUGCAUAUGUCUGUGAAUGGAAACGCAUGCAUCACUUACCACCAGGCUUUCAUGAUCCUCCACGCAGACCUGUUGCUGCCUCUGCCCCUCGCCAACCAACUCGCCCAGACAUCACCGACCGCCGAGUGUGCAUCCUCCCCUCAUCCGCCCAUGCCAGCUCUGCUAUCCCUUCCCACGAUGCACCACUUCUAA